AUGUCACUGCUUCUCCUUCAGAUGUUAGUGCUCUCAUGUCUUGGAGCCACAGAGCUACAGAGAAAUUCUCAGCAAAGGAAAACCAGAAGGCCAUUUCAGCACUUAUUCUACCCAGACAAAAAUCUGUUUGAAAGUCAGAGUUCUCCUGAGCUGGUAAGCGAGAACCCAGUAGGUGUUGAUGAGACCCUGGAAGUACCAAGCUUUUUUGUAUCAAUUCCACAGACAGCAUCUGGAAGUGAGAAGAAAGAGGAGAAAAAAAUGUCCAGAUUCAUUCUUCCCAAUACAGGACUCCACACAGACCAAGACCUGAGAACCUGGGUUGCACCCAGAGAGAUUUCUCCUGUGGAAAACUUCUCUCCACCCCAUUAUUCCAGCAAGAGAGAGUCUGAAUUUCCCUACAGAAAAGAUGCCAAGAAAUUCUGGGACCACUUCAUGUUAAAGAAAAAUUCAGACUCUGAAGAGGUUGUCCUGCCAAUCAAGACCAAUGAAAUGCACCAAGAAAACUGCAGAACCCUGCCUUUUGCCCAGGGUGUUACUCAUAACAGCUGCGAGAAGGUGACAGUACAGAAUAAUCUGUGUUUUGGAAAAUGCAGUUCCUUUCACGUUCCUGGUUCAGAAGACCAUCUUUAUACCUUUUGUUCUCAUUGCUUGCCCAGCAAGUUCUCCAUGAAACGCCUGGAUCUCAACUGCACUGAUUCUGUUCCAGUGAUCAAAGAAAUCAUGAUUGUAGAAGAGUGCAAAUGUGAAACUAGGAAGAUUAAAGACCCCGUGAUUGGAUCUCUACUGUCAGACUUGUAUGCAAAUGUACAUGGGCACAAUUAA